CUUGCCAGCUGAUUAAAGAAUCCGAUGUUUGUGGCAUUUUCAGAGUCAGCUUCCAUCCUCCAUGGAGUGAAUCGAAACUAUCUUCAACCUCCUCAAAUCCCCGCAUCGUUUCAGCCCUUGCAAGGGAAUUCGGCCUCUGCGAAAAGAUUCAUGUUUGUUGCCUAGCAUGCCUUCGUGAUCACGGCCCGCGCAUUAAGGGAUUCAAUCCAACAUCGUCAAUAAUCUGGCAGCAAAGCGAUAAAACGACCACCGUCUGAUACCGAUUGAGCAGGAUCCCCCGGCACUGCGCGCUCUGAGUACAACACCGCUUGUACUAUUCCGUUGUCUUGCCAUUCAAGCUAAACUUGGGCAACCGAGCGCGAUGGCGGAAGAGCAGCCCGCCCCCUCUCGGCUGGCGUCGCAGGAGAAUGCUCCGUUGGUUGUCAACCUACAUAUCGUGUCGCCUUCAGUUGGUGUCGGAAACUUGCGGUUUCCCGACCUUCCAGCCACAACGACGGUACGGCAGCUGAAGGCAAAGAUCCGGGAGUCAUUGGAAUCACGGCCCGCAGAUGACAAUCAGAGAUUGAUCCACCGCGGCCGCCUCCUCGCAUGCGAAACCGACACCCUCCAGGAUGUGCUGGGUGAAGAUGCUAUCCGAACGGGCGAGCAACAGACGAUUCACCUAGUAGUGAGAGAUACUGGAGAUCACGUCGCUCCCCUUUCUUUCUCAGCUCAAGCAACUCCAGCGGCAAGUAGGAGUCCGGCGCCUGGAAACAAUCCGUUCCGAGUGGAUGCUUAUAACCCCCAAACCCAUACCCGGUUCCUCCGAGGCGUAGGGCCAGGUGCUCCCCCUCCUGUUGUGGUUCCCAAUGCUUCCGUGAUUCGGCCCGGGUCUGCCCCGAUUGGCAUCCCGCAGGCCGCGCAACAUCCCUCACAGCAGCAGCAGCACCAGGAUAUACUUCAGCGAAUGAAUCAGCUCCAACAACGUGAAGCACAGUUUCAGGAGUUCUUUGCUCGGCACCGGGCCGCCCGGGACUCUGCUAGCCAGGGCCAGGGGAACCCAACGGACCCUGUAGGGGGGAGGAACAGCCCGUUUAGACCGCCAAUGCAGACUGUAAUCCACGAGGGCAUCGGGCCGGAUGGCCAGCAGUACAGUUUUAGGAUUACUGUUAACGAGGUUCUUGCGCGGCCCGCAGCCGCUCCCCGCCCUCCGGCACCCGCUUCCGAGCCCGUUGCUCACAGGCCACUCUCGGCAGCCGAUGUCCAGAAUAUCUUGCAUGGAGCUGAUGCUACUCGGGCCACUCAAACCAUAACCAACGCCAUGCAACGCAGUGCGUCGGGUGCGGGGCCGGCGAACGUAGCAGCGGACAUUGCAAAUAUGAGUUUCAAUGCUCCCGUGCAGCCAAUUCCUCCUGGCGUUACAACGCCUGUCUUCCCGGGGUUGUCGAGGAAUGCCAGCCGGACCGCUACUCCCGACUCGUCAGUGAGGCCCAUCAGCCGUGGUAACGGGGCUCUCCCCGGUACCGCGCAGUCUCAGUAUCGUCCCCAUGCGCAGUCAUCCCAACGCCGGCCGGAUGUCUAUAUUCUCUCCUCUCCUACUGGUCCUCGGGCCCUCCUGAUUAAUAGUGCCUCGGAGAUUUACGCUAGCCCGGCCGCCCGGCCGCCAUCCUGGGCUCCCAGUUAUUACAGGCCGCCGUUCCCGUACGCGCCGUCAGUACCAAUCCACGUAGCCCCGCCUGCACAAGGGCAGGUGGCAAUUCAUCUGUCCACCCACAGGCAAGCGCCGACAGAAGCGCGGCAGCAGACUGCACCCGGGGCUCAGCAACAGCCCUUGCCUCAAGCACUCAACAAUCAACCGCCAGUCCUUCGUCAACGAGUAGCAGAAGCCCCACCGGCUCAACCGGCCGCUCCUCAAGUGCACCACCCUGGAAACCCUGGAGCUGCUGCCCUUGGGGCGGCGAUUUGGCCGCACAUAUGGCUGCUAAUUCGCCUGGUCGCCUUCGCCUGGUGGUUCUCAUACAGCAACCCCUCGUGGGAGCGAUGGCUCACUCUGCUGCUUGCUUUCCUUGUCGUAUUUGCGAUCAACACGGGCUUGUUCACUGGCAUGGUUAAUGAUGCAUUCCACCCUGUGAGGGAGCAGCUAGAGGGUAUGAUCCCCUUUGCGGAUCCCGAUCGCCAGCGAGGCCAGCGAGGACAGCAACAAGCGCACCCGCAACACAACCAACAGCCGGGGCCUGGUAAUCGAAAUGGCGGAGAUAGAGAUGAACCCGACCCAGCUCGCGUGGCGGCGAGACUAGUCGCACAAAGGAGAAUUGCAAAUGGGAACUGGCUAGCCGACCAGCUGAGAAGAGUGGAGAGGGCAGGAAUCCUGUUUCUGGCGAGCUUUGCUCCCGGGGUGGCCGAGAGGCAUAUACAGCAGUUGGAAGAACGGGAGAGAGCUGAACGGAGGGCCGCCGAAGAAGCCCGAGCAGCUGCUCAACAGGCCGCCCAAGAAGCUGCUCACGGGUCUGCGGGAAACCAAGAGGGUCACGAGGAGCAGCGGACUAGGACCGAGCCCUUCACGGAGCGUGAUCAAGUAGCGGAGCAGCAGCAGCCUCCGCCUCCCGUGGUCGAAGUAUAGGUUUACAUAAACCAACGAGUCCAGCGGCGGCAGGACAGUGGUUUGACUCUUACAGACAUUGUCCCUUUUUAGACCUCGCUGCUGCUCAGCUGGAAUCAGGGUCGAUAGAGCAUGGGCGACGUGGGUGCUGCCUUGUAUUGGCACCAAGGCGCACUAAAUACUGCGUGUCCGGAGCAAAAAAGCACUGCUCCAUGAAGGCGACGAUUUGAACUGUUUGUAUUGUAACUCUACGGGGGUUGACUUCUAACGGCUUUGAUGGAGAAUGGGCAUGUGGCGCUGCAGAGGGCUGGGCGUACUAUGAUUGACUUCCUCAAUGCAGUUAUACCCCAUAUCGCUCUGUUCUGAAUCCUGCCGAUAUCUUCAUGAGUCCUAUCCACCGCGCUUGCAUGUUACCUAGUAGUUGCCUUAGGUAUCGACAGUGCCAAGAAGAUUUCGAGCCUG